AUGGAGCAGAUCCUUGAAACUUUGAGGCUUGAAACUCUCAAGGAUAUUCCUCUCACUCAACUUUCCGAGGCGAUAAAGAGGAACCUACCGGACGAUGUGGACAAAGGACAAAUCCUGGACAUUUAUAUAAUGUGGCUCCAUCCUCGUCUCGCAGAUAUUGAUGUAUCAGCCAAAGGGCAUCUCGGCCUUGAGGUUUUUUACCUGUACCAUUUUUUGCAGACUUUGCCCGGCGACCAUUCUCGCCUUGCCGACGCCUUUCAUGACUGGCAGCGCAGCCAGGCUGUCGGAACCUCCGAUAUUUCGACGAGGGUUAGGAUUGCCGAGGCCGAGUUCCGCAGACUGAUGCCCGCCUCGCAGAAUAAGCUUUCAGAAAGUAACACAGAUUCCUCAGUGUCAGAGAACCGCUUCGGCAACAUGCACCCUGACAGGGCUAGGCUCUCUCAAAACACAGAUUCCUCAAUAUCAGAGGACCGCUUCGGCAACAUGCACCCUGACAGGGCCAGGCUAUCUCAAGACACAUACUCCUCAAUAGCAGAGGACCGCUUCGGCAACAUGCACCUUGACAGGGCCAGGCGAUCUCAAGACACCUGCAUGUUCAUCGAACUUGAUGAUGAUGACGAUGACGGCGAUGCUGUUCUCAUCUCCUCUAAGUCCAAGCGGAGCGGCCAUGACUCAGUCAGGGGUAAAGGCGGUGGUGGGCAACCUGAACUAUCCUUUUUGACAGGAUCUAACAAGCUGCCCAUGAAUGGCAAAGCCGAGAUCAAUCACAAAGAAAACUCAGAAGGCUCUGGGGCCUCGAAGUUUGCCCCAAAGUCGGUCUCGAAGAAGUCGGUCUCGAAGUCGGCCUCGAAGGCGGCUUUGAAGUCUCAAGGAAAGCCAGUAUCGAAGCCCAAAUCCAAGUCGGGGUCAAAGUCAGCCACGUCCGCCACUCCACCAGAAGGCAAGGCAGCCCGCGGCCCCUCCAACGUGAAUCUAGGAUCUAUGACACAGCAAAGGUUGGCAUCCGUAAAGCACAACGGCUACCCCAGUGAUGGGCGCCGAGGCGGCCCCCGCGAGUACCGACCUGUUGAGGCUCGGGAUCGCUCCCGGUCGCCGCUGCGCAAACUCGACAAGCACAUUGGCAAAGACGCACAAGACCCCCCGAAGAAAAACCUUUCAGGGAGUCAGACCCUCGCUCGAAACAAACGUAAAGCCUCGCCCCCGUCCUCGCCUCUCGCCUCGCGGAAGAGGAGCAAACGGGCCAUAGAGAUCAGUAGUAGUCUGUCGAAUUUGGCCUCUUCAAAAGUGAAGGAGCCUCUUGAAGAAAUGCGACAGCCGCGCGACGACGAAGCCAAUGAGAGACACGAUUCUCGCGCCAAUGAUCAUCAACCGGCUGGGCCCAUCCAGCAGACGAAGCGCAACCGGAAGAAGAAGAAGACCAAGAGUAGUCUGAAAGUUUUGCCAUCUUCGAAAGUGAAGCAGCCUUCCGAGGAGGUGCGGCUGUCGUAUGAUGACGAAGUCAACGAGAGGCAUGAGAGUAAUUCUCGCGCCAAUAAUCACAAGCUCUCCGAGCUUAUCUCGCGAAACAGGCGCACCCGGGCCAAGAAGAUCAGGGAUAGCCAGAUGACCUUGCCACCUUCGAAAGUGAAGCAGCCUUCUGAGGAAGUGCGGCUAUCGUAUGGCGACGAAGCUGAUGAGAGACGUGAGAACAAUUCUUGCGCCAAUGAUCAUCAGCUGCCCGGGCUUACCUCGCCGAAGAAGGCUACCCCGGUUAGGGAGGUCAGGGGCAGUCGGGUGGUCUCGCCCAACUUGAAAGUGAAGGAGCUUCUCAGGAGACCGCGGGCGUUAUCUGACGGCGAGAUCGAUGAGACGUUUGAGCUUGCCGUUCUCGAACUGAUCAGGGUUGAGAGCCUCAAGACGGAUCUUCUUCCACUUGAUCCCCCCUCUAACCCCUUCUCGGCCUUCUCCUUAGAGGGCCAGGAGAGUCUUUUGCGGGCCAAUAAGACUUCUAACGAGCCUCGACUCCGUGCGGCUGAUUUUUACGAUAUGUGGGAUGGCGAAGAGCGGCCGCCGGAGUCCAUCGACGCUGAGACGGCGGCCGACACAGAUGUCGCGAGGGAGCCUGAACAGGCUCUAGUAUUGGCCCAGGACAUGGUUGAGUUGACUAUGGCGCUUGCUGAGCUGGCCAAUCCGAACGUUAUGGAAGGAGAAGAUGCGAUGGUGGCCGAGCAUGAACCCGAGAUGACCUUUGUUAUUUCUCCUGAUGCCGCACGCCUGGAGAUGCUCGCCGAAGGAAGUUUCCGGUCCGAGAUAUCUCCCACUGUUGAGGCAAUAUUAGAGGACUGUGAACCCGGUACCAUUGUCGAGCCUACCAACAAUGGGGUGCUCUCAGCCGAGAACGUCGCAAAAGCGGCGGUAUCAAACACGAUGACCGAGGAGUCCAACCAAGCUGUUCCAACCGGUGCCUUCCCGGACCAGUUUGUCGCACCUGAGGCUAUUGAUGCUAGAGAAGCUGAGUCUCUUUCUCCUCGCCCUUUCGAUGAAUCACUCAUGGAGGCUGAGGUGACGGCUACAGCGGCCAACAAGCUAUCAACCACAUUGGGCGAGCCUGUGGAACUGGUCGCCGGGCCCGGAGCCGACAUAGAGAUGGCCGAAGGUCAAGGUUCUUUUGUUACCGAGGACCCGGUUGCCGCUCGUGAUUGUGAUAUAUGA